CUACUUUAACCUCGGUAGUCGGUACCUUACCGAUUUUCCUCUGAAACCAGAACCGCUGAGCGGAGUUGAAUUUCUUCGAUUCUUGGCUUGUCUCUACGAUUGCGAAAGCGGGAGCUCGUUUCGUGACGAAGGGGCGAGGAAUAAGGUUUUUGGUUUGGUGAAGCCAUGACUACCGAAGAGGACUCAAUCGAGCAAGCUGCGGCAGCUCGACGUGAGAGGCUGAAAGCUCUUAGAGCAGCUCAAGACCUUCUAAACACUCCGGAUGAAGAUUCGACUCAAAAAGAAGAUAAACCAGAAGAAGAGGAUGCAGAUGAAACUAAUGAAAACAAGACUCUGAACAUGAAGUUCAGGAACUACCUUCCUCAUGAUAAACAGCUUCAGGAGGGUAAGCUUGCUCCACCAGUCCUACCAAAAUUUGAAGAUCCAGUUGCCACUGAGCCGCCUCCAUCACAAAAGACCGAGGAUCCAUUUGUAAACAUUGCUCCAAAGAAGCCUAAUUGGGACCUCAGGAGGGAUGUGCAGAAGAGACUUGAAAAGCUGGAAAGACGUACUCAGAAGGCAAUAUUCCAACUUAUGGAAGAAGACAGGCAGAAGCAAGAGGCUGAAGAAAAUGGAGCUGCUAUUGAGGAUUAGAAAUUAGAAAUCAAGUAUUGUAUUGCCAUUUUAGUAGCCACCAUUUUUUGGAGAGGGAAUGCUACUUGCCAGUCAAAAAUCUAUUGCCUAUGAUGAUUUGGUUCUGUCUAGAGAAACCAGAUUUGCCAAAAGAAAGUAAAGUUCAUAGAUAUUAUGGGGAGAGCCCUUCCGUUGACUAUAAAUCUAUAAUGAAGUCGUAUACAUUAACUUCAGAAAGGGGGAAGUGGAUAUCGUAAGCUCUUUGCUUGAAAUGGUUGUCAUUGAGAAUUAUGAACCACCAUAACUACAUAGUUCAUAUUAUGUUUCUUUUCGCAUGGGAGUUUUAGAAACCCGAAAUGCGUUUGCACCACUAUAUUUCCUGAUAGCUGGAGUAAUGGCCUUUAGAAUAAUUAUGAUCAGUUUCACUUU